AUACCUAGAGGUUAAGUAGAGUGAGAGAACACAAGAUUCAUAAGUAUUCAGUACAUGGUGAUUAUUAGAUAGGAGAAGAUGGUUGGUUUUACAGAAGGUGCACUUGUGAAGAAGCUUAUGGAGCUUAAUGCCUCGCAGCAGAGCAUACAGACCCUCUCCCUCUGGCUGAUCCAUCAUAGAAAACAAUCCUCAGUUAUUAUAAAAGUCUGGUUCAAAGAGUUCUGCAAAUCUAAGGACAACCGCAAAUUAAUAUUUUUGUACUUGGCAAAUGACAUCAUACAAAACAGCAAGAAGAAAGGUCCUGAACUCAGCAAGGCAUUUGCUUCUGUUUUACCAAAGGCAUUUGAGCACAUGAAACAUUUUGACGACAAAACAAAAUAUAAAGCUUGUAGGUUAAUAAGUAUUUGGGAGGAAAGAGGAAUUUACGAUAAAUCACAAAUUACAAGGCUUAAGGCAACAUUUUUCGAUCCCGAUUCUGAAUCUAAUGAUGAACCUGGCACACCACCAUUGCCACUACCAAAGAAAAUUCGCAAAGUCGAAAAUAAAGAAAGAAAGGAACGAAAAAGAUCGGAGACUGAAGUUGAGGUCGAUGGUACCAAAGAAUUGCAUAUAACGCUAAGUCCACGAACACCAGGUGACGAUCCGCCUGAAACUGAGGAAGUCAUCAAAGUUAUGAUGGACCUAGAAAAUGCAGCCUCAUCAGAUGCCGCAGUAAGAGAGCGCAUAGCAUCCUUGCCACCAGAAGUUUCCCAGGAGUCUCUACUGGAAAAUUUAAAGGAUAACUUGUCCGCUGAACGUCUUAGUCUGGCUGUAAAUGAAGCGACAGCUUUGCUUGACGAUUACAACGGUAGAUUGCAGGCUGAAAUGAAAGACAGAAAGAGAUUGUCUGCGAUGCUUAGGUAUUACACUUUGUCCCAGCAACAGCUGCUGCAACAGGCUGAGUCAAGACUAGAGGAAUACAAACAGAAACUAAAAAAGACUCGCGCUUUGCGAGAAAAAGUCAAAUCUCAUGUUCCUAAUCUUCCGGAUUUAACACAACUGCCAGAUGUCACAGGUGGACUGGCACCAUUGCCUUCAGCUGGUGAUCUCUUCAACAUGUAGUACCAAACGAAUAACUACGAGAAGAAAA